ACGAGGGUCUCGCCGCAAAUUUGCUCCCGCUUCCUUCCUUCCUUCCUGCCGCCGUUCUCGUUCUCCUUCGGCGAUGGCCGCCGAUCCCAACCAGAAGAAAGUCGUGGUGAACUUCCAGUCGGUCGCCAACGCGCCGAAGCUGCGGCAGUCCAAGUUCAAGAUUGGUGGGAAUGAGAAAUUUGCCAAGGUGAUUGAAUUUCUUCGCCGCCAAAUUCACCAGGACACAGUGUUUCUCUAUGUGAACAGUGCAUUUUCACCGAACCCAGAUGAGUUGAUAAUUGAUUUAUACAAUAACUUUGGAAUUGAUGGGCAGCUGGUGGUCAAUUACGCAUCAUCGUUGGCAUGGGGUUAAAAGCUGUACCUGCUGGAUAUUAGCUUCAGCAAGCGUGUGAACCCCUUUCUCAGCUAGAAUUAACUUUUCGCUGCACUGUUAGUGUAAAGCACUGCGAACUGAGCUUCAAUCUGAAGCUAUUUGGACUAUGUGAAUAUGUGAUGUCCAAUGUCAUGGCAAUAGUAAGAUCAUUUUCGACCUGCAGUGAAACCUGAGACAGUCUUUUUUUUCCUUGUAUAGAUAUCUUUGACAGUGUUGUGCUGUUCUACAGCCAUUGUUGCUGAAAAAAACACCCUCUC